UGGCGCUUUAGAUUGUCAUAGUCCAAUUUCUUUGUCCGCCAUCUUGAAAGGAGAGGCGUCUGUAGUUUUACUAAAGACGUCGAAAAGAAAGCAUGCCUCCAAAACAGUUUUCUUGUGUUCAUUGUGAUGAGAAAUUAGGAAGUCGAGCCAAACUACAAGCUCAUCUGAAACGACAUCAGAUAGAAAAACAAGAUGAUGAAACUAUCGAUACUGCUCCAGAAGUUCCUGAAAAGCAAACAAAAUUCCCUUGUAACACAUGUGACAGAAUUCUUACUACUCCAGCUUCUUUGAAACGACAUCAGAAUUCAUGCAAUAAAAUUGUGAAAAUGGAAGCAGAAGAAAUAGUUACCUUGAAAAUGGAAUUUGAAGAGGAAGAGUUUAUAAGUAAUGACAACAGUCAUAUAGAGAAAUCUGAAGAUACAGAAGAUAACAAUUUAGCCAAUCCAGAUUCUCUUAGAGCUCAUAUGAGAGAUAAGAUAACAAAUAGAGUUCAAUCAUUACUUGAUGAAACCCGGUCACGACGACGUAUUUCCAACAAUAAAUGCAAGGAGUGUGGUGUUACAAUGAGAAAGCGAUCCAAAGAUGAACGUUGCACAAAGUGUAAAAAUGCAAGUAAACAAAAUAAGCAGAUACUAGAAACAAAUGAGUUGGGAGAAGGAAAAUGUGUAGAGUGUGAUUUGACUUUCCCAGAUAAAAAAGCCUUAAUUGAACAUAACACGUCAAAUCAUAGUACAGCACAUCAAUGUGUUGUUUGUAAAAAAACAUUCAGUAGAAAAUAUCAUUUAUAUCGCCAUUUACAAAUAACUGCUUGUUCGGGUUUACCUCCACCAUCUCAUAAAUGUCAAGUUUGUGGAAAGAUUUAUACUCGUAAAGACAAUUUACGGGAACAUUUACGUGCUCAUGCUGGAGAAGUUGCCCGACGUAAGAAAUAUAAAUGUGAAUAUUGUGACAAACAAUUUCAUGGAACAUCUCUUCUUAAAAUCCAUAUUCGUACACAUACAGGAGAGAGACCAUUUUCUUGUGAAUUUUGUUCAAAGACAUUUCCUUCAGGUGGUGGCUUGGCUAAACAUAGACGAAUCCAUACAGGUGAAAAGCCGUAUGUUUGUACUGAAUGUGGAUGCAAAUUUACGUUGAAAGGAACAUUGAAUCGUCACAUGAGAAUUCAUACUGGAGUCAGACCUCAUAAAUGUGAAUUUUGUGGUAAGCAGUUCAUUCAAGCAGGAGGAUUAAAAGCUCAUCUUUUCUAUCAUACUGGACAGAAUGGUUUUCGUUGUGAACAGUGUGGUAAAACUUUUAAUCGUAAAGCCAGGUUGCAAAUGCAUAUGAAUUACGUCCAUAAUAAGAUUAAACCAUUUGAAUGUCAAGAAUGUGGCAAAUGCUUUACAAGAAAAGAAGAUCUUGCUCGUCACUAUGUUCUGCACACAGGUGAAAAACCAUUCCAGUGCCCAACCUGUUCAAAAUGUUUUGCAAUUAAACCAUCUCUAAAAUUGCAUCUUUUAACUCACACUAAAGAAGAGCCAAGGUCUUGUCACGAAUGUGGCCGUGCAUUUAUUCGAAAAGACUGUCUAUUACGUCACAUGAGAAAACGUCACAGGGAUCUUCUGGAUAAAAUAUUAAUAAGCGAGAAAGACAAGAAGUUUACAUAUCAAAGUACAUCGGGCAUGCCGUUAUCGAGGACAUUAAAUGAGCAGAGUCUUUGUGAAAGCAUACGGGAGUUGCUAAGUCUUUUGGUAGAUGAGCCAACAUUGAAAGGAUUUGGAUGGCCAGACAAACCAGUAGAUGAAGUACUAGAAUCUGUUAUUCGAAGAUGUGGUCAUACACCAGUUACUCAAGAGAAUUAUUCUUAUUUGGAUCGCUUAAGAGAAAACUCAAAAUUGUUAUUCACCGUCGUAAUUGAUGAUAAUGCUGUAAAAACAUUAUUAAAUAAUCAAACUGUUGAUGAAGUUAUUCUUCAUGUCUUGCGAUUAGCUCGAUCAUAAAUGUUUUAAGAACAAAACAUCAGCUUUCAGUUUAUUAUAUUGAUAAUGUUCUAACAUAUUAUCGUUUUUACUAGACAACUAUAUCCAUUCCAUUUAUAUUAUCAUGCAAUAUAAUAUUUUCCAACAGAUUUCUAUUACUUUUGCAUAAUAAACUUCAAAUAAGGUUUAUAUAUUAUAUAUAAAAUAUUUUUAGCUAAGAUAUUCUUGCUCAAGUAAUUGAUUUGUAGUUUCCAGAAAAAUUUUUAUUCCAAAUAAUUGAAGCAAUAAUUAAUUUUGAAUCUCUAAAAGUUCCCAUUUUUAUUAUAUUUAAACAGUAUGAUAGGCCACAAUAAAUAGGCUAAAUUUUAAGAAACUGUGUUAUGUUCACAUGGAAUUAAUUAUAAAUGUUUUAAAGUACAAUAUAAGAUUGUCUUCCGAUUCAUAAAGAAAAUUUUUGGCCCGGUAAAAAGUUAAAUCUUGUUCACUGGUUGUUAUUUCCUUUAAUUUUAAUUUUGUGAGUAUUGUAAGAAUUUUAUAUGGCUAUUUAGAAGAAUGUAUGCAUUACACAAGUAUUACUUUUUUUUUUUUUUUUUCCAUUUUGUAUAUUUCAAUAUUUAUGUGUGUACAUUAAAAAUUAAGGCAUCUAUCAAAUAACAUAAAUAUUCAGUUAUCAUUUUUUUUCCAAUGGGCUAUGCUUUCCAAAAUAUAGCCUCGCAUAUUGUAGAUAAUAAUAAUAAUAAUGUAUUUUCUUAACAAAAUAACUGACAUGUUCCUACUAAGCACAAAUUUUUGACAGAUUUUGAAUAUAUCAAUAUUUGAAAAUAGUAUUUACUGCAUAUAUAUUAUUGUAUUUUUAAUGAUAUACAAUGUUGGAAAUUAAUUCAGAUGUGCCUUAUGAAUAAUUGCUGUUUUAAUGGUUUAAAUGCAAUAAUGUUAAAUAAAAUUUUGCACAACAAUUUUAUAGAACUUCUAUUGAAAGUGCCUUAUGAUGAUUGAAUAUAUAUAAUGGCAAUUUGUUAUAUCAAAUUUAUAUAUAAAUUUUGACAUUUAUACAAUAAUAAUAUACUGUUUGUGUAUUUAUACGAGUUUGUCUUGCAUGGAUUGUGUGCCGGUCUGACAAAUUUGAUGAAAUUAUGUCAAUUUAUAAAAAAAAUUAUAUGAAUUUGUAAAAAUCCUGUAAUUGGUUCUGCAAUUUUCAAUUGUGAAUGCUGCUACUGUAAAAUAUACUCACAGUUAAAGAUAGAUUUUUAUUAAAUUGUUAAUGUACUUCAGAAAUUAAAACCAGAAUUUAUAUUGUUGUCUAUUCUUAUUUGGGAUAUAAUUACUAAUGGUGGUGAUAAAUUUUGAUAAUUUUUAACAAUGCAAUAUUGUUGAUAAUUGACAUUGUAGAAAUUAAAAAAAAAAUAGCAUUCCUUUGCUUUUAUGUCUUGAAAGUUUCAACUCUGCAAUCCAGACAAGGCUAUCUUGUACAUGAAUGUUAUCAUCAUUGCCAUAAAUUUUAUACCAUCAUUUUAUGCUAUUUGAUAUUAAAAAAGUUUAUUGUAAGGUGUGCCUUUUAUUAAAUAUUAAUACUGGAAUAGCUGAAAUAAUUAAUAAAUUGUAUUUUUGUGUGAAAAGGUCACAUUGUUUUAUUUCAGUAGAAACAUUUCAUUAGUUUUGUAAGGUUCACAACUUUGAAAUCUGUGCAUGCAUCAUUUGUUUUAAUUUGAUAUAUCUAAUAUUUUAUGGAAAUUCUGUCCAAACUUAUUGAUCAGGUAUAAAUAAUUUUGAUAUCUAUUGAUUUGUAACUGAAAUACUUUAUGUAUACUGCCAGAUUAUUUCUGCUGUUACAUGUGAAAUACCUAUGAUGAUGAUUUUAUUACAUUUCUAUGUAUUUCAAAAAUAUGAAAUAAAAUUUUAUAAGCUAAUUUCUCCAUUAUUUAACAUC